UGUGUCCAAUGGAAAUCCCAUGCUUACGAUUUAUGUGUCUCUGUUUGUUUGGGCCCACUCUGCAUCAGCGAACAAAGGAGAUCUCUCCUAAAGAUGUUUCCACAAUCAGGGAAAUCUAUUGUCUUUGACAACUUUCCGGAUCCUACUGACACCUGGGAGAUCAUUGAGACAAUCGGGAAGGGGACCUAUGGAAAAGUCUACAAGGUGCUCAAUAAAAUCGAUGGAAGUAAAGCAGCUGUAAAGAUACUCGAUCCCAUCCAUGAUAUUGAUGAAGAAAUCGAAGCAGAGUACAACAUCCUCAAAGCUCUUUCUGAUCACUCCAAUGUUGUCAAAUUCUACGGGAUGUACUACAAAAAGGAUCUUAAAUGUGGGGAUCAGCUGUGGCUUGUUCUGGAGCUUUGCAACGGCGGCUCUGUGACCGAUCUGGCCAAAGGCAUGCUGAAACAGGGAGAGCGAAUGGACGAAGGCGUUAUCACCUACAUCUUGCACGAGGCCCUCAUGGGCCUCCAACACCUGCACCUCAACAAGACCAUCCACCGCGACAUCAAAGGCAAUAACAUACUGCUGACCACUCAAGGCGGAGUCAAACUUGUGGAUUUUGGUGUUUCAGCCCAGCUGACAAACACCCGCCUGAGGAGGAACACGUCUGUGGGAACUCCCUUCUGGAUGGCUCCUGAGGUUAUAGCCUGUGAGCAGCAGCUCGACUCGACCUAUGAUGCUCGCUGUGACGUGUGGUCUCUGGGAAUCACCGCCAUCGAGUUGGGAGAUGGAGACCCUCCCCUGUCUGACCUCCAUCCAAUGAGAGCCCUUUUCAAAAUACCUAGGAAUCCUCCACCUACUCUCCACCAACCAGAGCUUUGGUCUGAUGACUUUAAUGACUUCAUCUGCAAAUGUCUGAUUAAGGACUUUGAGCUGAGACCAAACGUGUUUGACCUGCUUCAGCAUGCCUUCAUCAACCAGAUAGUCGGCAGAGAAAAAAUACUACAAAAACAACUGAUUGAGCUCAUUGCUCUCAACCAGCAAAUAGGAAUCAUUGAAAAAACAAGCCAUCACGGGAAAACAGGCAAGAACACAGACAGUAACGACAGGCAUGAACGCAUCCACACCAAAAAAGGAAGCCAUAUGAAGUCACAGGCAGAUCCAAAUGCGGUGGAGGACCUCGCCACCUUAGAAUUUCUAGAUGAGAACACGGUCACGGAGCACCUUCAGAAUCGCUACGGAAAAGAGCAAAUCUACACGUAUGUGGGCGACAUUCUCAUUGCAGUCAAUCCUUUCCAUAACUUGGAGAUAUACACACCACAGUAUACCAAGAUGUAUAUUGGAGCGAAGCGUACAGCAAACCCUCCGCAUAUCUUCGCUGUGGCUGAUCUCGCCUACCAGUCCAUGGUGACCUACAAUGCCGACCAGUGUGUCGUGAUCAGCGGUGAGAGUGGAGCCGGAAAAACAGAGAGCGCCCAUCUGUUGGUGCAGCAGCUAACAGUUCUUGGGAAGGCCAACAAUCGGACGCUCCAGGAGAAGAUCCUGCUGGUCAACAGCCUCGUGGAGGCUUUCGGAAACGCCUGCACCGUUAUCAAUGACAACUCCAGCAGAUUCGGCAAAUACCUGGAGAUGAAGUUCACCUGUGGAGGAACAGUGAUCGGAGCGCAAAUAUCCGAGUACCUGCUGGAGAAAUCCAGAGUCAUCCACCAGGCAGCAGGCGAGAAAAACUUCCACAUCUUCUACUCCAUUUAUGCCGGUCUGGCAGACAGGAAGAAACUCGCUCACUACAAACUCUCCGACAGUAAAAUGCCAAAGUACCUGUGUAAUGAGCACCUUAAACUAGGGCCCGACAUCGUGAGCAACACCUUUAACAAGGAGCAGUUUGACGCAGUGGAGCAGUGCUUCAAAGUCAUUGGAUUCACCCUUGAGGAACUGGGCAGCGUUUACAGCACGCUCGCUGCCAUUCUUAACGCCGGUGAUAUUGAGUUUUCUCCGGUUGCCUCAGAGCAUCACACAGACAAGAGCAACAUCUCCACCACUUCGGUGUUAGAGAACGUGGCGUCAUUGCUGCACAUCUGCUCAGAUGAGCUCCAGGAAGCUCUGACCUCCCACUGUGUUGUGGCCCGGGGCGAGACAAUCAUCAGGUCAAACACUGUGGAAAAAGCCGCCGAGGUGAGGGACGCCAUGAGCAAGGCUCUCUAUGGCCGCCUCUUCAGCUGGAUCGUCAACCGCGUCAACGCGCUUCUGCGACCUGACAGCCACCUCGGGGAGGAUGACAAGGGCUUGAACAUCGGUAUCCUGGACAUCUUUGGUUUUGAGAACUUCAAGAAAAACUCUUUUGAGCAGCUCUGCAUCAACAUCGCCAAUGAGCAGAUUCAGUUUUACUUCAACCAACACAUAUUCGCCUGGGAACAGGAUGAGUAUCUGAAUGAGGAGGUCGACGCUCGCAUGAUAGAGUACGAGGACAACCGACCCCUCCUGGACUUGUUCCUGCAGAAGCCCAUGGGGAUGCUCUCUCUUUUGGAUGAGGAGAGUCGCUUCCCACAGGCCACAGAUCAGACCCUUGUCGAGAAAUUUGACAAUAACCUCAAGUCCAAGUCUUUCUGGAGACCAAAGAGAGUUGAUCUCAGCUUUGGUAUCCACCACUAUGCUGGAAAGGUGAUUUACAAUGCUGCAGGCCUUUUGGCCAAGAACAGAGACACACUGUCAGCUGACAUCAUUCUGCUGCUGAGGUCAUCAGAAAAUGAGCUGAUUCGCAAACUUGUCACUCAUCCACUCACGAAAACAGGCAACCUUGCCCACACCAAGGGUAAAGGCAUAAACACAAUUUGCAGCCCGCAGACACCGACACGCACCGUCACCUUUGCCAAGAUGGGAGUUCUAACCUUAUACACCUCUUUUUCGUUAAGCGAGGGUGAACCUGGAGAGAUGGCUUACCAUCCGAGGGAAACCACCAACAUGAGAACACAGACAGUAGCCUCCUACUUCAGAUACUCACUGAUGGACCUGCUGUCAAAGAUGGUGGCAGGGCAGCCUCACUUUGUGCGCUGUAUCAAACCCAAUAACGAUCGCCAAGCCAACAAGUUUGACCGGGAGAAGGUUCUGGUUCAGCUGCGGUACACUGGGAUUUUGGAAACUGCCAAGAUUAGGCGACAGGGCUACUCUCACCGCAUCCUGUUUGCUAAUUUUAUAAAGAGGUACUACAUCUUGGCUUUCCAUGCUCACGAGGAACCAGUGGUGACUCCAGAAACAUGUGCUGCGAUCCUGGAAAAUGCCAAGCUGGAGAACUGGGCAAUGGGCAAAACCAAGGUGUUCCUCAAGUAUUACCAUGUUGAACAUCUCAAUCUGAUGGUGCAACAGGCCACACAGAGGAUCGUUCUAGUCCAGGCUUAUGUACGAGGUUGGCUGGGCACCAAACAGUAUCGCCGGAUACUAAAAGAGCGAGAGCAGAAUGCCCUGGUGCUGCAGUCAGCUUACAGAGGUCAUAAAGUUCGGAAGAAAGUCGCUAUUGACAAAAACAACGCAAAGUUCGAGACAUUCAUUAUCCACUUUCAGGCAGUUUGCAGGGGCUAUCUUGCAAAAAAGAAACACAAGGAGUUGGUAAGUGAGAAAAACAAAGCUGCCACCAAGAUUCAGGCACACUACAGAGGACACCGAGAAAGGAAGAGCUUCAAAAGAAAACAUGAAGCCAAGGAGAAGGAGAAAGCAGAAGAGGCAAUGCAAGAAAAGGAGAAAGAAAUGGAAGAAAAUGUCCCACAUAAAGUGAGAUUUGAGGAUGACGAAACUAAGGCAGCUGUUGUUCUUCAGAGCAACUACAGAGGCUACAAAGAGAGGAAAAACCUAAAGGAGAGAAAAAAGACAAUGGCUGGUUCUGAGUUAGAUGUGCCUGGAACACCCUUGGAACAGGAUGAAGAUGGGCAAAAUUCUCCCAGCAUAAGAGAGAAGAUAGGUGAUGGACAAGAAGAGAAUGACGAGGACGAAGAAAGCACAUAUGAGGCAGAUGACAACGAUGACAGUGACCACACACAGGUGCCAGAAGAAGGUGAAGAGCACACAGAAGUGGCAGGAGAGCUGGUGAUUGAGGAUGCACCGGCAGCAGAUAAUGAAAAAGAAGAGCAUGUGGAGGAGGAUGGACAGGAAACAGCUGCCGUGGAUGAGCAGAUCACCUUAGAAGAGGAAACCAAAGCCGCCACUGUUAUCCAGAGUAAUUUUAGAGGUCACAAAGAGAGACAGAGACUGCAGGAAGAAGGCAAGAUCCCAGCGAGAAAACAGACAGAAAAAACCCAGAUAGUGCAGAAUGAGUCAGAGGGUCAGGAAAUGGGCAGGACAGAGCCAGAAGAGCAAGACGCAUCAAUGGACGGUGAAGAAACAUCAGAUGUUUCUGCAAGUGAUGUCAAAUCAGAAGAUGCAGAAGAAGCCAAAGCAGCUGUGGUGAUUCAGAGUAACUUCCGAGGUCACAAGGAGCGCAAACAACUUCAGGCAGAAGGAAAGAUCCCUAAAAGACACAAAGAAAAAGAAGCCGAGUCUGAAGCUUCAAAAGCCGAAGAGGCUGCGCAGACAGAAGAACAUGUGACGGAAUCCCAGCAGGGCGUUGAGACAUUUGGAGGUUUGGAGGAAGAAAAAGCUGCAACUGUUAUUCAAAGUAACUUCCGAGGCCACCGGGACAGGAAGAAACUGAAAGCAGAACAAGAAGCACAAAAUAUGAAGAAAGAAACUGUGCUUUCUAAUGAUGAGGAGGAGCCUCGUGAUGAGGAGGACCCUGGUGAUGAGGAGGAGCCUAACCAAGAAGCAGAAGAGGUGCUGGACAUUAAUGAUGUGGUGAUUGAGCGUAAAGACGAAGCAAAUGACGAAAAGGAGAGACUGGAAGAAGAGCAGGCGGCAGUUAAGAUCCAGAGUAACUUCAGAGGGUACAAAGAGCGGAAAAACCUGAAAGCUAACAAGCAAAUGGGACAAAAAGAAGCUGAGCAGCUACAGAGUCUCUCCAGAGAAAUUGCAAAGAAGUCUCAGGACUUUUUAGCCCUACAGCAGAAGUUGAAUCUGAUCAUCCAGGCCCAUCAGUCAAACCCCGAGAACAGCGGCAUGUUUGUGAGAGGCAAUGCAAUUAAUGGCUGCGCUCCCCAGAAAAUACAAUCAAAUGACAGGAAAGUGCCGAAGACCCCCCGCAGGACCCAUCAGCCAAAGAUCCUCCACACACCAGAGGACUCCACCUAUUACAACCUGAUUCAUCGAUCAGUUCAGGAUGGUAAACGCAAGCCGAGGAAAGAGGAUUCAGGGAAGCUCUUGGACUCAGAUGAUCACUACUACAUGAGUCUGUCUACCAGCCAGUCCGCCCCCUGCAUCUCCACAGAGACGACCUCAUCUGGCAUGCCUGAGAGAAGACUGUCCACAGGAAGGACACAGUCCACAGACAGGAAUCAGCCUGCAGAAGGUCCCAGCAAGCAACCCAGAGAAAGGGCCGACUCUGAACCAGAACCUCUCAAACCCAUCACAGAAAACAGGCGCCCCUUUCCCAGAAUGUCCUCUACUGAGAGUCGGAAUGAUGAGAACCCUUACGACUACAGACAUCUACUGAGGAAGACCUCCCAAAGACGGAAGCUCAUGAAGCAGUACUGAGCCCUCGCUGCAUGACCUGAAUAUCAAUGUACUGCGUGACUGUUGUCUAUAAUUACACUUUGUACAAAGAAUAUUUAAUUAAUCACAGCUGGAAAAAAAAACUGAACAUGAAACAUGGACUAUUUUUAUAUCUAAUUUUGAAACAGGCUGCACUGAUUUCCCGGAGGACUGUAAAUAAUACAAUGUUGUCCAUGAUGACCAUUUUUAUAUUAUUUGCUGUUCUAUGUCUUCCUAUAACUUAAAGGCUUUUAGCUGUAAAAGAAGCUGCCUUGACACAAGUGGCAAAAAUUGAGCUUUUGUUUAUAUUUAUGAUGUAAAGUGUUUUUUGUUUCUUUUUGCUCUUCUGUUCAUCUCAUUUAAAUAC